AUCAAAGUAUCACGAAAAGCUCGAAGAUCGAGAGAUAUAGGAAUAAAAUAUUCGAAAAAAAUUCUUAUUCUCUUCCUCAUUAUACAAAAAUUGCGAGAAGUAUAUCAAGGACGAGAAACCGAAGCGACACGUCGAUUCUAUGAAGGAUACGUUCUAUGGAUCCGCUCGUAUUUCUGUUCAUCCUAUAUCGGCACCGCGCGUUCGUUUUUGAUUCCAUCAUUCAUUUCGCCGAUCUCUAUUUAUCGUGAUUUCUAAAUUUUUCUUAUUUCGAUCAUAAGAGAACCAGAUAACCGAUAAAGAUUAGUGAUAAUCGGUGACUAGAUAGUGACGGUCAUGAUAUACGAUGGCCCCGGUAACGGAUCGUUCAUUUCGCAUCGAGCGGCUUCGCGUUGUCCGAAAUGUGGCUUGCGCUUUUUCUUCGUCAUUAGUGUUUUUCCGUGUUACUCGGAAAAUCGAGGGAAAAGGGUGAGCGAAACGUGUCAAGGGCGAUUCCGAAACAAAAUUAUCGCCGAGUGUCGCAAACGUUGAUUUUUGUGCUUUAAAACCCUCGGAGGGGUAACCUGAUUCACGAAGAUGGAAGGCACCGGGAUGAUUAGCGGUGCUCCUGUACAUCGGGAAGGCAAAAAGUUGUGGCAGUACCUCGCAUCUAUUUCCGCUUCCAUAAUGGCUAUCGGCGUCGGCACCGCUCUAGCCUGGACGUCUCCUGUCCUGCCUCAGCUGUACGAACCGGAUUCAUGGCUGGUCAUUACCAAGGAGCAAGGAUCCUGGGUGAGCUCAUUGCUGGCUCUGGGCGCGAUGCUGGGCGCCAUCCUAUCCGGACCGAUGGCCGAUAAAAUUGGCCGGAAAAAAUCGCUUCUUUUGCUGACGGCUCCGUUUCUUCUGUCCUGGGUGAUCAUUAUAUUUGCCUCCGAGCUGUGGCUGAUCAACGUAGCAAGAUUUAUAGUGGGCAUCGGCGUUGGCGCAGCUUGCGUCCUCGUACCUACUUAUAUCUCCGAAAUUGCGGAGACUUCCACCCGAGGCACUCUCGGUGCCAUGUUCCAGCUAUUUCUCACGUUUGGAAUUUUGGUGGCCUUCGUGCUUGGAGUUGUCUUGAGUUACACGGCGUUUGCUAUAAUCUGCGCUCUUGUAGAGAUCGGCUUCUUUGCUUCCUUCACGUGGAUGCCGGAGUCACCCGUUUGGCUAGUGAAUAAAAAGCGGAAACCGGAAGCCACAUUGGCGAUGGCAGUCCUCCGGGGUGAUUCUUACGAUCCGUCCGAGGAACUCGCAGAGUUCCAGCGGGAGGCCGAGCAGGCAGCGUCAAAGAAAUCAAGCAUAUUCGAUCUUAUACGCACUCGAGCGGCCAAAAAAGCUUUACUCGCUUCAUUGGGUGCCAUGUUCUUUCAGCAAUUGUCCGGCAUAAACGCAGUGAUCUUUUAUACCGUUACCAUUUUUCAGGCAUCCGGAAGCUCAAUGUCGCCGGAACUCGCCUCUAUUGUCGUAGCUAUCGUUCAGACGGUGAUGUCAGGUGUAGCAGCUAUAAUUGUGGAUCGUGCCGGAAGGAAGCCAUUGCUUAUAUUUUCCUCGAGUGUUAUGACAGUCAGUCUUGUAGCUCUUGGUCUGUAUUUCAAUAUUAAGGCAAACGGAAAUGACGUCAGUAAUCUAGGCUGGCUGCCGCUCACAUCUCUGACAUUAUUUAUGAUCUCCUUCUCUAUCGGGUUGGGUCCGAUACCGUGGAUGCUGAUGGGUGAACUAUUUCCUGCAGAGACCAAGGCGGUUGCUUCCGGUAUUGCCGUGAUGUUGAAUUGGUUCCUCGUAUUUCUGGUGACAAAAACUUUUCCGAUGAUGAACGAUGAAUUAGGCGCGGACGUGACUUUCUGGAUUUUCGCCAGCAUCAUGGUAGCCGCUACUGCGUUUACAUACUUCGUUAUACCGGAAACUAAGGGAAAAUCUUCUCAAGAGAUUCAGGAGGAGCUACAGGGCAAUGCUCGAUUCAAAACGACAAAUACCUGAAUAGCACUGACAAACGCGAAAAUUCUUGCACUGUCGUAUAUUAGUAUACGAAUGUUGAUUUAAUAACAACAUUCAUCAAAUAGCGUAGAUAAAAUUUAAGACGUUGUUUAUUAUUAAGUUAAACUGUAGAUAUAAGAUCUUGGCGCACUAAAGUGUGAGGAGAUAUGCAAAAAGAAGAAACAAAUUUAAAAAUAAAUAUCAAAGUUGCUGAGAAGAAAAUGUUAAUCUCACAAAUAAUUUAUCGUCUUCUUUGCUAUCUCGUUCAUAAGUUACAUAAGUUUCAAGUUUAUAAGUUUUUCGCACACACAUACACACACUUAUGUUUGAACAUAUAUUAUCAUCAUAAAUCUUUGAUAUAGGUAUAUAUAAUUCUUGCUUAUGCAGCUUCAUCGACAUGCGAUGUACAACAUUUCUUCAUGUGCAUUUACAUAUAUAUUCUCUCGUUGAUUGCCAUUUAAAUGUAUACAUUAUAUUCUAAAAAAAAUUAUAUACAUACAUACAUAUAUAUAUGUAUCA